UGUGUGUGUGUGUGUGUAUUCGUAUGUAUUCGUCACCCCUUAUGGCUCAGUCUGGGAUAGUUCUUCGUCAUAACAGGUAUUUGUGCUCAAGCUAACGUUUAAUAUUUUUGAUCAGCUCUCUCGUCGAUCCAAAUGCUUAUCUCACAGCAUAUUAGACGCAACCUGCUUCAAAAAUGCUUGUUUUUGUUUUUCAACCUGCAUAUAUCUCACAUUAGUGUUGGAAUAGCUGACGAAGAAUAUAAACGCAUACUGAAAGAUAUUUUGACGCAGCCGAGGAAAAAAAAGAUUGUAAAAUAAACGCAGGAUAUAAUGCGUUUUGGCUGUUAUUUAUGAUCUCAGCUUCAAACGUUGAGCUGCAAAGUUUCUGUAAUAUGCUGGUGUUUUAAAAUGGAUUUUGGCGAGCGGCAAUAGCAGGGUGCUUACGUGUCCAAUAAAGUAUCUCGUAAAGUAUGGCUUCCAGAUACAUAUUGUAUCAUUGUGGAUAACCGAGAAGGGGUUGUAACAGCUGCAAGUGGAAAUGAUACUGUGGAAGUCUAUUUGGUCAUUCAUAUUUUUUUAGUUCACAAUGAUCAGAUCUUUCUUUAAUAUUGAUAAUUCUUAAAAGUCGAAGUUGUUAUAGCAGAUCGGGUGAGUAUUUAAUGACCGCAGGGAUUGAUUUAUCCUUUAUUGUUCAGCCUUAUGAUCACGUGUGUCCGCUACCCAAUGGCAUGGCAGCCUGGCUCCCCAUUACUUUCCCACUGUAGUUCUCAGUGAGGCCAAGUUGCUACUUGAUUUCUCCACAUUGUUAUUUUGUGAGGCUGGGUUUACUGCGUGUGCAUGUGUGUGUGUGGUUGUGUGUGUGCGCGCUGGACUUUUGCAUGUAUCUGUUGUAUGACUGCAUACAUGUGAAAGUAAUUUUUCUGCCAUGUCGACAUCGGGAACACUGACGAGCUACUACGUCGACUCUCUCAUUCUGCCCGAGAGCGAGGAGCUCUCUGUUCCGAGGUACCCGUCCGGUCCCGGGCUGCAGCACGCCAGGCAGCCCGCCUCCAUCAGCGACCACCACGGCGAGCUCGGUUCGUGCACCUUCCCCUCCAAAAGCCCGGUGUUCGGGCCGUCAUGGAACCACGUCCCCGCGCAGUUCCCGGGCGCCGUCUCCUCGGUGUAUCACCACCACUACGGGCACCCCCAGGGGCCGGUGGGCGCGGAUACAGACGGCCGCUAUCAGUCCUGGCUGCUCGAACCCAUGUCCGGCUCCAUCCCGAUGACCGGGCUACCCUCCACCCACCACUACGCCAUCAAACCGGAGGGUUUCGGGACGCGGGCUGACGCUGGCGCGCUGGCCGGCUCCCACACGGCGCUGCUUCUCUCCGACUACGCCAACGGCACCGUGGCGACAACAUCACCGGGGGGGAAGGACGAGCUGGCGGCGCAGGCGGGGGACGCAACCGUAGAGGUGGAGGAGAAACCCGCUCUAGACCCAAAUAACCCGGUGUCCAACUGGCUCCACGCGAGCGCCACGAGAAAAAAGCGCUGUCCGUACACCAAGCACCAAAUCCUGGAGUUGGAGAAAGAAUUCCUCUUCAACACCUACCUGACCAGGGACCGUAGGUACGAGGUGGCGAGGCUGCUAAACCUCACCGAGAGACAGGUUAAAAUUUGGUUCCAAAACCGCAGGAUGAAGAUGAAGAAGUUUAAUAAGGACGGCGCACCGAAAGACGACUGAGCCGCGGAUGAGAAGUAUUUCACUAUUUUAGGCUGAUGACGAGCUUUGUGAAAAGCUCUUAACUCUGCUGGACGUUGUUUUUAACUUUCAUUGUCUUAAUGUUCUAUAUAACAGCUAUAGGAUUAUUUGUCUUGUUAAAAAAAGAAGCAUGUUGGGCUUUAGGUUGAUGCGACUACCUUUAUAUUGCACAAUUUUUACAGUGCCCACUCAUUUUUUUGUCCUUUUCUGUUCUUUCUGUUGUUGUUAUUUUUAAUUUGCUCCUUGCCUCACUUCAUUUGAAUUAAUACCUCGUUUAAGUGUAAUAGUUGGCCCGGUGCUUGUGCUUGUUUGUGUAUGGAUGUUUCUAGCACGGUGUGUUUUGUUUUUUUGUAGCUAUAUUUGUUGUUUAUCUCAGAGCCAACCGAGCAUAUAGUUUGUACAUUGUACUAAUUUUAUUGUUGUUUCUCCAUAGAACCACGAUUGAUUACGACGAGUUUGAUACUAAUGUUAGAAAAUGUAGCAAAAGUGGAUUGCUCGCAUUUAAAGUAGGUGCAUAAACAGCAGAAAUCUCUUGAAAAAUUCUUACGAAAUUAAAGGAUGUUAUAGAAGCUAUAUUACAUGACAUGACUGACUACCUAUGUCUUUCAACUACCUACAGUAUAUGUUUUUAGAAUUGUAGUAGAGCUGCCUGCAGCACUGUUGAUAUGACGGACUGGAUUUCAGGGAGAAACAUUUUCAAGGGACUUAAU